CUGGCCCUAGUCGUCGCAGAAAUUUCUGUCGUAACGGCCUCUCUUCUAGCUCUCCGCAGACUCUAUCUUGCUUCCGCCACGCGGCCACGAAGCCUUUGCCGCGUUCCCGCAACCGUUCCCGGCCUCCAUGGACUUUCUUCGACUAAUUCUCGUCUGUUUGGCGGUGAGGGCAGCGGAGGGCAACACCCUCACGGAUCUCGUGAGCCAGCUCGUCCCCGACCUGCCGUCGCUGCCCGCCGUGCAGGUACCCACCAUUCCGCCCACCAUAACCGUCGACCAGAGCGCGAACGCUGGCAGCAUCGCGAACCAGGUGCAGAGCAACACGCAGACGGCCACCGCCAGUGACUCCUCGACCGUCAAGCAAACCAACUCCCAGUCGCAGACGGGCUUCGCGGAGCAGUCUCUCGCCGCGCCCGCCGCUGCCGCCGCGGCGGCGGCUACUGCGGCUCCCCCUCCAUGCUUCCCGUUCCUGGCGGACCCGUCUCAGGGCAUCCCGUCGAGCAUCACGGUCGACGUGCCGCCGCAGUUCCCGUGCGUCAUCGACCCGCCCUCCCUGCCGUCGCUGCCGCGCUUCCCGUCUCUGCCCUCCCGGCUGCCCACCAUCAGCUUGCGCUUUCGCGGCCUGCAUCUGUUUCCGCGUGGCGGCACCGAGCAGGUGCCACUGGGCAGUAGCGCUCCUUAGCUGUCGCUCUCAGGCAACUACCGUCGUCGCCCGGAUAGAAGACCUAUGGGCCUAGUCCAAUGCUACUACCAGUAGUUAUCUUACUCGUUGGCCCUGGUUUUCCCAUUUUGAUCAAUGAAUUCUCCGGGUCGGUACAGCAAACCACCCUGGAAAAAAGCGAAAUCAGUGUUAGGGAGCCUGGGGUAAGUGUCAGACCCGAGGUCGACCCGCGGCCAAGGAGUCGUCACAACCUAACUGCGGGUUUAGUGUACCUGACGGGGCAGCAGCAAAACAGCAAAAAAUG